GUGGUAGUGCCAGUGACAAGUAGUGCGCCGCGCGCUCCUCCUCCACCCGCUGGCUCCAUCACCCCUCGACAACCGAUAGAGCCUUUCAGUACAAUAGUGAAACAAUUGUGAAUUCUACAGAAAGUCAAUGUUGUAAGUUUCUCUUGUAUUACUUUGAUCGGAACAACUGCCAUCACAAAGACUGUGAAUAAGAGGAAUUAUCAACAGUUAUCAAGCAAGAGUUGUUAUCCACCGGUGGAUUUUGUGGUAGUGUGGUGUGGUGUGAGGUGGUUGAGGUGUAGAACUUGGUGUGUGUUGCUCACCUCUCUCACUCACUCUCCAGGAUGGUCAUUCCCAUUGAGACGUUGAGCAGGGGUUGGGUCGGGAAACCAAAAAUGAAAAGAGGAUCAUCUGGCUUGCAUAAAUUCUGGCUUCUCUUGUGGAAGAACUGGAUACUUCAGCGUCGAAGGAAGAUUCAGACACUGGUUGAGGUGCUCCUGCCUGUGGUGUUCUGCGUCCUCCUGGUUGUCAUCCGGGACCUGGCGCCCUAUGGUAUCUUCCUCCAACCCACUUACUACAAGCCGUUUGAAGUUUCUCAAUUGCCUGCAAAUUUAACGCCAAAUGAUAAUGGUGGAUUCUUUAGUGAGUGGGCACAGCAGAUAUUUAGUGAUGACUCAUCAGAGCGGCGGAGGAGGUCAUUAAGCGCUUCAGAAUCUCAGGGUCUACCACAUCUGUCAGACUUACAUAAUUCUCCUUUUUCAACUCAUUAUCAGUACAAAAAAUAUUUAGAUAAACAAAAAAAAUCAAAGCACAGAAGGAAAAGAUUCUUGGAUUUUUUUAAUAUAUUUGAUCCUAUGUGGCCAAUAGCUUACUCCCCAAACAACACAGUCAUAACCAAGUUGAUGGAAUUAGUAUCUACCAGACUGAAUAUUGAUGAGAGAGGGCUAGGAUUCGCAAAUGAGGAAGACCUGGUGGAUCGUCUCACCACAUUUACCAAGGAGGAGGAAAAUGAAGAAGUGGAAGAUAUUCUUGGAGGGAUUGUGUUUACUAAUGAAUUUCCCAAGGAUGAUGUUCUUCCAGAAAAUAUACAAUACAAAAUCCGUCUCAAGGGCUCUUUACGGAGUUUUACGAAGAGGAAUCCAUUUCUUCCACCACCUCAAUGGUACACUGAACUCUCUUAUCCUCUUUACCAAGUUCCUGGUCCUCGUGACAGAACAAAUAAUCACGGUGGAAGACCAGGUUACUACACUGAAGGAUUUUUGGCUCUUCAGCAUGCAGUUGAUAUGGCCAUUGCAGAAUAUUUUACUGGUACAAACCCUGAUGUACAUUAUGUUGUAGAAAUGCAGAGAAUGCCAUAUCCUCCCUUCAUAGACGACAAGUAUCUGGUGGCAUUACAGGCAUGGCUGCCAUUUGUCCUUCUUCUCUCAUACAUAUAUCCUGCCAUCAACAUUGUCAAAAGUGUUGUAUAUGAGAAAGAGAAAAAACUUAAGGAGUCGAUGAAGAUGAUGGGUCUUCAGAACUGGCUACACUGGCUGGCCUGGUUUACUAAGACCUUCAUGUUCCUGGCCACAUCUACUGUGUUUAUCACCAUCCUUCUGUGUACUCACUGGCACGGACCAGGGAGCUUGGCAGUAUUGAGUGAGAGCGACCCUACCCUCGUGUUCGUGUUUCUUCUCCUCUAUACAACUUGUUCCGUGUGCUUCUGCUUCUUCCUGUCUACGCUCUUCUCAAAAGCUAACAGUGCAGCAGCAGUAACUGGCCUCAUAUGGUUCUUCACAUACGUGCCAUACAUGAUCCUACGACCGCGUUACUCCAGCCUUACAAUGACCAGCAAGAUCAUGCUGUGUCUUCUCUCUAACACUGCCAUGAGUCUUGGGUGUCAAUUGACCUCCAUGUUUGAAGGUGUAGGCUCAGGGAUACAGUGGGAUCUCCUCUUCACAGGAGUCUCACCUGAUGACUCCUUUACCCUGGGUCAUGUGUUUGGUAUGUUCAUCCUAGACAUCAUCAUCUUCUUGCUGCUGACCUGGUAUAUUGAAGCUGUGUGGCCAGGGGAGUUUGGGGUACCUAAGCCCUGGUAUUUUCCCUUCAUGAGCUCUUAUUGGCUUGGGAGAAAUUCAGAAGAUUGGCAUCAGAGCAUCAUCAACCCCUGUGUAGCAGACGCUAGUCUCUUUGAAGAGGAUCCUCAAGGGAUUCCAGCUGGUGUGCAGGUUGAAGGUCUCACGAAGGUCUUCCCACGUGGGCGGAAUGUUGCUGUUAACAAUAUGUUCUUGAACAUGUAUGAUGGGCAGAUUACAGUGUUGCUGGGACAUAAUGGGGCUGGCAAAACCACAACAAUGUCUAUGCUGACAGGUCUGUACCCACCAACGUCUGGUACUGCGCGUGUUGGAGGAUAUGACAUAGUGUCACAGAUGGUGGAGGUGCGCCAUUCACUGGGGUUAUGUCCACAACAUGAUGUCCUGUUUGAUGAGCUGACUGUUGCUGAACACAUCAAAUUUUUUAGCAAGUUAAAAGGAUUGUCUAAUGCUAAAGCAGAGGCAGAAGUUAGUAGCAUUUUAGAGAAGCUUAAACUGCAAGACAAAAUAGAUGCCACGGCAAAGACACUAUCUGGCGGAAUGAAAAGAAAGCUCUCUGUUGGCAUCGCUCUCUGUGGUGGAAGUCGUGUUGUCUUCCUGGAUGAGCCCACAUCUGGCAUGGACCCAGGAGCUCGCAGACUCAUCUGGGAUUUACUUCAAGAAGAAAGAUCCGGGCGCACCAUCCUCCUCACGACACACUUCAUGGAAGAAGCGGAUCUUCUUGGAGAUCGCAUCGCAAUAAUGGCCAAUGGUGUUGUCCAGUGUUGUGGUUCGUCAUUGUUUUUAAAGAGGAAGUAUGAAGCAGGAUACCGUUUGAUUAUAGUGAAGGCGAAGGGCUGUGACGUCCAUGCCAUCACUGAUGUUUUACAAUCUCACAUACCUGAUGCUGAGCUGGACCAAAAUGUUGGAGCAGAACUUUCCUAUGUUCUUCCAAAUGCUGAUGUGGCGAAAUUUGAAGCUUUGUUUCUUCAACUCGAGACUCAGAAAGAAGACUUGAUGAUCUCUAGCUAUGGGGCGUCUCAGACCACAAUGGAUGAAGUUUUCUUCAGAGUUGGGGAGGCAACAGAUCCAGACAUCAUAGGCCACCUCCAUAAAGUGAUUCCAUCGAGUCUGAAGAACAGAGCUAAUAGUGCACUAGAUGGUGUGGGUAAGGAGAAUGGUCUGCUGCUGGACAUAGAACAGGGAGACUCUCUUGAAGAAGUUCAAACUGACGACACACCUCAGGUUCAAGGGAGAGCGGCGGCCACUUGGUUUAACGCAGCAAUUCAACGUGUCACAUUUGUCCUUGAGAAUGCUAAGGACGUGGCAUCAAACCACAUAAAACCAUCAGUACCCAGCAGAGUUCCCCUGCAGAGGAACACUGGCUGUAUCCUUCUCCUGCAGCAGUUCAGAGCAAUGUUAGUCAAGAAGAUCCUCUAUACCUUCAGAAACCUUUUUCUCACCUUGGCUCAGAAUGUUAUCCCAGUAGCCUUCUUGAUCCUGGCUCUGGUUGUGGUCCAGACUCUCCCUGGAAUUAAUGAUGCACCACCAGAAGUUCACUUUACACUUAAUACUGAUGUCUGUGCUCCACAUGCAACAGCUAAGGACGUGGCAUCAAACCACAUAAAACCAUCAGUACCCAGCAGAGUUCCCCUGCAGAGGAACACUGGCUGUAUCCUUCUCCUGCAGCAGUUCAGAGCAAUGUUAGUCAAGAAGAUCCUCUAUACCUUCAGAAACCUUUUUCUCACCUUGGCUCAGAAUGUUAUCCCAGUAGCCUUCUUGAUCCUGGCUCUGGUUGUGGUCCAGACUCUCCCUGGAAUUAAUGAUGCACCACCAGAAGUUCACUUUACACUUAAUAAAUUUGAUGGAACAGUAACUGCACUUCAGCUGCUUCAGACAAACAAUUACACUGAUCACUUGGAGGAAGCUGUCAAACUGCAUUUUAUUCACCGGAACAAGUUGAAGAUGGUUGAGCCAGACUUUAACUUCUCGACCUUCAUCCUAGACCAGACCCAAAGUGACAUUCCAUCCUUCAACCAGCAUUGGAUGGUUGCUCUUCAGAUUGAAGGUGUGAAAUAUGGUGCACACAUCUUAGCCAUGUUCAACAAUCAACCCUUUCAUACUCCUCCGUUGGCCCUGACCAUUGCGGACACAGCUGUGAUACGAGCCGUGACAGGGAACAAGAAUAUUACCAUUGCAACGUCUAAUCACCCUCUGCCUAGGACUGACAUAGAGAAGUUAACACAAGAUCAGCGACAGAACUUGGGCUUUCAGAUUGGUUUCAACUUGGCCUUUGGGAUGUCCUUCUUAGCUGCCUCAUUCGUCAUUUUUGUCAUCCAAGAACGUAGUACCAAAGCCAAGCACCUGCAGUUUGUAUCUGGCGUGAACUUCAUCACCUACUGGACGGCUUCAGCCAUUUGGGAUUAUAUCUUGUUUAUGGUUCCUUGUUGUUUUUGUCUUCUGUGUCUGUUUCUGUUUGGCCUGAAGGGGCUGAGUGAAGGAGAGCAGCUGGCAAGAAUCAUGCUGGUAUUCGUACACUACGCCUGGGUCACUCUGCCACUGAUGUACCUCUGCUCCUUUCUCUUCACUGUGCCUUCUGCAGGAUUCACCAGGAUGAUUAUCAUAAAUAUUAUUUCUGGAAUGGCUACCGUCAUCACAGUAACCAUCCUCCGUAUACCAGACCUGGAGCUUGGCCACGUAGCUGAUAUGCUUGACUGGAUAUUUCUGCUUUUCCCAUCUUAUGCCAUGGCUGCUGCCAUUACUGAUGUCUACAGUAAUUAUAGAUCUACAGAAAUCUGCAAGCGUUCUACUGUUAGCUUAAUAUGUACACUGGGGAUUGCUCCCAACCCAUGUUGUAGGGAAGCUGACAAUUGUGGCAGUUUUGGUUGUGUCGACUGGAAUGAAGAUUUUCUGUCCUGGGAGAAGCUCGGUAUUGGCAGAAUGUUAGUGUUUAUGGGAGUGGAAGGAAUAUUGUUCUACAUUUUGAUAGCCUUAACUGAGCUGAAGGUGUUCCAAACAAUCAGAUACUCACUGUCUCGAAUAUGGCAUAAAGUGGCCAUUAAACCCUGGAGAGAUGUUGAGCUAGAAGGUGACUCAAUGAAUCCAGAAGAUGAAGACGUGAAGGCUGAGCGUCUACGGAUACGUGACACUCCUUUGGAUCAACUUCAAGAGACAGAGAAGCUAAUAUUUAGGGACCUGUGUAAGACGUACAAUGGAGACUUCGUGGCGGUGGAUCACCUUAACCUCGGGGUUCCUUUAGGGGAAUGUUUUGGACUUCUUGGGAUCAAUGGAGCAGGAAAAACAACGACAUUCAAAAUGCUUACCGGAGAUUUACCAGUGUCUUCUGGUGAUGCAUUUGUGAACGGCUACAGCAUCAAAUCUGAUAUGAAGAAUGUUCAGCAGCAGAUAGGAUACUGUCCACAAUUUGAUGCACUGCACGAUCACAUGACUGGUAGGGAGGCACUUCGUAUGUUUGCACGUCUGCGUGGAGUCCCAGAGAGGCAGAUUAAUGGCAUGAUCGCCGUUCUCGCUGAUCAGCUUCUUGUAACACAACACUUGGAUAAUCUAUUUGGGAAUUAUAGUGGAGGAAACAAGCGCAAACUUAGCACUGGAGUGGCUCUGGUGGGAGAUCCUCCACUGGUGCUUUUGGAUGAGCCAUCGUCAGGAAUGGACCCUGUAGCAAGAAGACUACUAUGGGAUGUAUUGACGUCUGUUCGGGAUGCUGGGAGGAGCAUUAUUCUCACAUCUCACAGCAUGGAGGAGUGUGAGGCCCUUUGUACCAGACUGGCCAUCAUGGUUAAUGGGAAGUUUUGUUGCUUAGGAUCACCUCAGCAUCUGAAGAGCAAGUUCAGUGAGGGAUAUUCUGUCAUAAUCAGGGUUCAUAUGUCCAACUCACAAGAGAGUAAUGACCCCAGCCUGACAGAAUUGCCGGCAGAAAUGUUGACCAUCAAGCAGUUUGUUGAAAAAACUUUCCCAGCCAAUCAUUUGCGAGAAAUUCAAUGGGGACGACUGGAGUAUUUCAUCCCAGCUGAAGGCUUAACAUGGGCAUCAGUGUUUGGAACUAUAGAGAGGAAUCGUCAGGAACUGCCAAUUGAUGACUACUCUGUAACCCAGACCACGCUUGAAAGGGUUUUCCUAACAUUCACCCGAGGACAAAGACCUGAGGGCAUCGACAGUAUUUCUACACUUGCAUUGUCUUAAGGUAGGAGAGAACACAGCUGAGCAUUAGCUUGUCACAAUUCCUUUAUAGCUCACCAGUUCAUAAAAUAGGUCACUCACUUUUUCACCAAGGCAUCUAUGUCGCUCUUGGGGUAAUGUUUGGAGGAAGUUGUAUAAGACUGAUUCCUGCCAUAGAAAUAAUGCUUAGUCUUAUAAUUGUUCACUUUGCUCUAUACAGUGCAGUAAUCCUUGGAUAUAAGAUGCAUAUCUGUAAGGCAUCUUGGUAUGACAGAAAAUUAAUUGUGGUACUUCAAGACAGUACAUUUAGCAGUUAUAUAACACUUUGUUGGCUGUCCCCUGAAUGAACAGAGGAAGAAACUGUUAGUAAAACAAUCAGUAAGUGUAGGAUUUUGCCUUGUAUGAGUGGCAGCAAUUUCUGCACAUUGUACAUUUCUUAAGUGUUCACACAUGAAGGCAUCACAGUAUGUAAAUGUGUAACCAUGUACUGCACCUAUAAAAUGCAUUUUAGGUAUUGCCAGGGCAUCUUAAUGUUAAGUGAUUUAGGUGGAGCCAUUAUGUGAAUAGAUAUUUUAACCUUGCCAUGCAUUACACUUACCUCCAUGAUAUGGGAAGCUCCUGCAAUGCUCUUUGACUACAGUAUGCAGUUUGGGAAACAGACUGUUGGAAUUUCAGAAUUAAGGAUAUUUAAAUGGCCUAGGCAUUAUUAGAUUCAUUUUUAUUGUUAAUUUAUAAUAACAUAGCAGAUAAAAUGCAUCAUAGAAAAUGGCCAUCUUUUAUGGAAUCAUGGAAGGGGAAAUUUGGGAGUAAUGAACCAACACAUGGACACAAUAACUUGGUUUCUAAGAAGAGAAGUAAUGUAGUUUAGAUUUAGGAUGAUGUUGACUAUUGGCACAUUAUAUUCAGGAAUUACUGUAUUAAGUAAAUUUUCAUCAAAUUUAUAGGAUUCCAAAAAAUUGGAAAUUUGUAUCCAAAAUAUGUGAGGUGCCUUGGCACAUCUAAUUUAACUUAAGUACCUUGUUCAUUAACAAGGUAUCAUCAUACAGAUCGACAUACUUGUAGUUAGUAUUAAUUACCUUCUAAACGAUUACCAGUAGCUUUAAUCACAUAUAUUGCCCUAACUAUGUUCAAUAUUUGAUAAAUUAAAUUGAAAUGUCACAAUACAAUAUGAACAAACUAAAUUACUGUUUAACAAUUGUAGGUAAGAGUUGACAAUAACAGUUAGGUGUGUCUGUUAAUGUCAUGUACCGGUAUUUCUGAAAAUGUAAAUGAUUGCCGUGAAUUGUGAAUUAAUAUGAUGUCAUGAAAGACAAUUAAGAAUCGUCUUUGAUCCGAGAUGCCUCGACAGCUAUAUUCUCCUAAAAAUAGAAAUGUUAAUAACUUUCCUCUUCAACACUUCAUAACUCAGAAGUUGUAUGUGUUUGCCUUAAAUAUAAUAUAAAUUAUACAAUCAAAAAUUUUGUAUGUACAGUACUGUAUUAUAGGUGUUAUUUUUAUAGAGAAACAUUGGUACAGUUUACCUAACCUGAAAAAGAUUGAUACAGUAAAGCAAAGACAUUUAUUAUACCCCUGUGUAUAGAUGACUAAAUUGUACAGGGUGUUUAUAAAGUCCCUAUCUAUUUCA